AUGUGCGGGAAGGCAUUUACUCAUUCAUCUGCACUGCUGAUCCACAACAGUGUCCACACCAGGGAAAGGCCGUUCACCUGCUCUCAGUGCGGGAAGGGUUUUGUGAAUUCUUCCAACCUGCAGACUCGCCAGCUGCUCCAUACCGGAGAAAGGCCAUUCACGUGCUUGGUGUGUGGGAAAGGGUUCGCUUAUUCAUCUGCACUGCUGAUCCACCGGCGGGUCCACACCGGUGAGAGGCCGUUCACCGGCUCCACAGACCAGCGGGUACACACGAGAGAAAAGCCGUUCACGUGCCCCGUGUGCGGGAGGGGGCUCACUGAGUCAUCUACACUGCUGACCCACCAAUGGGUCCACACGCGAGAGAAGCCUUUCACCUGCUCAGAGUGCGGGAAGGGAUUCAGUCGGUUGGGUAACCUGCAGAUGCACCAGCGGGUCCACACCGGGGAGCGGCCAUUCACUUGUCCCGAAUGCUGGAAGGCAUUCCGUCACGUGAACAACUUGCCGACACACCAGCGGGUCCACACGGGACAGAAGCCUUUCACCUGCCCGAGUGCGGGAAGGGAUUAA